GAACACAUGUUGUAUUAGAGUCUGUCAAAGUGCGUUUCAGCACCUUGGAGAGCAUCUCUAGUCAGGGGAAAAUAAAUGUUUUGCACAAUGACCUGUUGCACCUGCUACAAAGCAAUGGAAAGAAACAUAUUUAGCCUAGAAUAAACGUAAGUAAAACUAUCAAUAUUCAUCAUCUUAUUUUGUAGGCUACAAAACGCAGUUUUUUCAAUAUAUUAGGCCUAUAAGUGCUUUCAUAAAACUAUUUUUAUUCCAUUAAAAGGAGAUUGGAUGUUAUGACGCAUAACACCUAAAAAUCAGACGUGUGCAUUUGCGUAACUCAUUUCCAUAAAGAAUUAUGUGAGCACUGGUAUAUAAACCUGUCUCCCUCCUGAUGGCAAAGAUUCAGACACCGCUGUGCCUCAGAGUCUCAGUAUCCGAGAAUAAGCCUAUAUAGACUAUUCGAUCAAACAAAUCAUAGCGACUCUGCAAUAUUCUUUUUAAGACAGUCUACGACAAAUCGUCAUAAGUUCAAUGAAGACGGAGAGUGUGGUGCAAAACAUUCAGUUCGUCGGCAGAAAGCGAAGUCUGAUCGAAGAUGCCCGGAAAGAGCGCGCCAGCGGUUCAUCGUCCCCUGGCCCAUCGCGGUGCGGUGAAAACUUUGUGUUUGAGGAAAAGGAAGGAACGGUGACACUGAACAUUCUUUUCGCACUCAGCCAUGGGAAGAAUGCAGGGUUCUUUAAAACUGGCAAAGUCUUUGAGACGUUUGAAGCCAAGCUUCUGCAUAUUGAGAGCCGACCAGGGAGGAAGUCUAAGAACAGUGGUUGUGAUGAUCUGGAGUUCUUUAUGAGGUGUGAAGUGCACAGCUCCGACACAAACAUCUUCAUCAACUCACUCAAGAGAGUCGCCGACGAUGUACGCACCAUCCCAGAGGAAAAAGUUCCCUGGUUCCCCAGAAAGAUCAGAGAUCUGGAUAAAUGCAACCUGUUGAUAACGAAAUAUGAUCCAGAUAUGGACCAGGAUCAUCCAGGAUUCAGUGAUCCAGAAUACAGAAAAAGAAGGUGCUUCAUUGCUGAACUUGCAGCGAAUUACAAACAGGGGGAACCAUUACCCAGAGUGGAGUACACACCAGAGGAGGUGGCCACAUGGAGAGAGGUGUACCGGACCCUGAGGACCAUCUACCCUGACCUGGCUUGCAGACAGUUCCUGGAUGGGCUGCAGCAGCUGGAGAGGGAGUGUGGCUACGGAGAGGACAGUAUCCCCCAGCUCCGGGAGGUCUCUGCCUUCCUCAAAGAGAAGUCAGGCUUCCAGCUGCGUCCGGUGGCAGGGCUACUCUCCGCCAGAGACUUCCUAGCUAGCCUGGCCUUCAGACUGUUCCAGUGUACCCAGUACAUCCGCCACGCCUCCGCACCCAUGCACUCCCCAGAGCCAGAUUGCUGUCACGAGUUACUUGGCCAUAUUCCUAUGCUUGCAGACAAAGAUUUUGCCCAGUUUUCCCAGGAAAUCGGCCUAGCCUCACUGGGCGCAUCAGACGAGGAUAUUGAGAGACUCUCAACCUUGUACUGGUUCACGGUGGAGUUUGGACUUUGUAAGCAGAAUGGAACUAUGAAGGCAUACGGUGCCGGCCUCCUGUCCUCCUAUGGAGAACUCAUUUAUGCUCUCUCUAACGAACCUGAGUACAAGCCAUUCAACCCUGAGGAGACUGCAAUCCAGCCUUACCAGGACCAGACUUUCCAACCUGUCUACUUUGUCUCAGAAAGCUUUGAGGAUGCCAAGAUUAAGAUGAGGCGGUACUCGUCGUCCAUCCAACGGCCCUUCUCUGUCCGGUACGACCCAUUCACCUGCAGCCUGGAGGUUCUGGACCAGCCCAGUAAGAUCCAGCAUGCCCUGGGCCAGAUGAGAGACGACCUGAAGAUACUACACAGUGCCCUGGAGAAACUGGGCUGAGGGCCUCAACACUGAGCCAGAGACUCAGGGAGUGAAACUGAUACAUACCCAUGGAGAGGUGGGAAGGGGAAGCCAUUUUGGGUCUUUAAAGGUGCCAUCUGUGAUUACUCUGUGUGGCCAUGGGGCCAAAUGCACAAAAUACAGUAGUUCCAUUUAAGACAAUCAGUUGAAUAUCCAUCUCUUCAAUCCUGCUGGGCUAAUACUUGCAUUAUUAUUAUUAUUGUAUUUUUUUAGAGACUAAACUAGAUUUCGCCUUUAAAUGGAUGCAUGUGAAAUACUGAAUAUAUCUGAAAAAUACCAUUUA